AUGUAUUUACUUUCACCAGAUGUCCAAAAGCCACCCACACUUGACAAUAGCAUAAAUGAAUCAUUGGCCUCUAUUGCAAAAAAGCAACAAGAGAAGACACCUCUGACCAAUGAACUAGCGUCAACAGUUGAGGCAUUUAGGGCGCAGAAUAUACAAAGUGCCAAAUCAAGACUUAACGUAUGUGCGGAGGACAUCAGAGAACAGUUGGAAAGAUUGGGUAACACUUCGGAGCUGUGUUCACAAUUAGGUGCAGUUCUUGGAAUGCUUGGCGACUGCUGUCGAGCGUUGGGGGAUGCUGCUUCUGCAGCUACCUAUUUUGAAGAGAGUGUUGACUUCCUUUCAAAGUUGCCAAUGGAUGACUUAGAGGUGAAACAUACUGUCUCUGUUUCCCUUAAUAAAAUUGGUGACCUUAAAUACUAUGAUGGAGAUCUGCAAGGUGCAAGAUCUUAUUAUUAUCGAUCUUUGGAUGUUCGUCGAACUGCUAUCAAGGAUCGUUCGGAUGCCCCAUCCCAGACUUUGGAUGUGGCUGUUUCUCUCGCCAAAGUUGCUGAUGUAGACAGGAAUCUUGGUAAUGAGGACUUGGCUAUAAAUGCAUUUGAAGAAGCCAUAAAAUGUUUGAAGUCUUUGACACUGGAUUCUAAUCAGACUGUGCUCGAGCACCGGAGGCUUUCAGUGCUUGAGUUCGUUCAAAACCAGUUAGCAGAGAAUACUUCCACUGCUUCAGUUUGAGCUUUUGAGGUCCUCCCUGCUUCCCCUUUUGGAACUUAAAAAUUCGUCAUAUUUCGCCUAUGAUUUUUCUUAUCCAAAGCUCGCGUAAAGUGAUCGUGUUACUGGUUCAGCUGCAUCCUUCUUAUGGUUUGUUGUUCCAAAUACACAGUUGAUUAAAUGUGGCCUACUUCAUACUCUUAAGACCGAAAAAUGUAUAUGCUUUGUAUAGUGAAUACCAUACUAGAGCAGUUCAAAUAAUAUGCCACAUUUGCUAUUGUGGAAUCAGAAUUAUUUUUUGUUAAAUAGGAUAAUAAUAAUAAUAAUUUUAUUUUAA